UCAAUAUGUUGCAUUAUAUGGUGUUGGCCGGCCAAUAAACCUCUUCCUUUGCUAUAUAUAAAAAUAUAUAGUAAGUAGCUAUAAUAGCAAUAAGUAGAAAAUGGUGAUAUUGGAUUUAUUAAGAAAUAUGAAUGGAAGAAUAAUAGGGUCAGGAAAAGAAACAAUAAUUCUAGCACAUGGAUAUGGAGGAGAUCAAUCAAUUUGGGAUAAAAUAUUGCCCAAAUUAUGUGAGUCUUACAAGAUUGUUUUGUUUGACUGGUGUUUUUCUGGUGCUAAUCUAUUAAAACAUCAUUUUGAUGCUGAAAAAUACUCUUCCUAUGAACCUUUUGCUGAUGACUUGAUAGCUCUUGUUGAUGAAAUGAAGUUGGAAUCUUUUAUAUUUGUUGGUCAUUCCAUGUCUGGCAUCAUUGGUUGCAUUGCUUCUAUCAAAAGACCAACACUCUUUAAAAGGCUCAUCCUUGUUUCAUCUUCUCCAAGGUUCAUUAACGUGGAGGAUUACGAGGGAGGUUUCGACAUAGCAGAGAUGGAAGAGAUGUUUAGAAACAUUGAGGAAAAGUAUGAUGUUUGGAGUACAAAUUUUGCUAGUAUAGCUGUGGAUUCAAGUGAUCCUCCUUCUGUUGACAAAUUUGAUAAAUGCUUGAAAAGAAUGGGAGUUGAAAUUGCAUUACCUUUAGCCAAAAGUGUUUUCCUAAGUGAUUAUAGACACAUUCUUGAUAAGGUGAUUACCCCAUGUACCAUAAUUCAAACCAAGGUUGAUUUUGCUGUUCCAAACUCGGUUCCCACCUUCAUGCACAACACUAUCAAGGGAGAAUCCACUGUUGAGAUCAUCAACACUAAUGGCCAUUUCCCGCAGCUCACUGCUCAUCAAGAAUUCCUUAAUGUAAUUCAUAGAGUCUUAACUUCUUAGAACAAAUAUUAUACUAUAAUAUGAUCAUUUGUGGAAUAAUGUACUAGUGAUCUUGUAUCCAUGACCUUUAUUGGAUACACAAGAUGAUACUAGCUAGCUAGCUUCGUUUUUUGUUAGGAUGAUUUGUAUGGUUUUCGUGUCACACUUUGGGCUAAUAGUGUUUUGAAUGCAUAGUUUGUCAAUUUGGUUGCGAAUGAU